AGCCAUACCAUUUUGCCAUUUUCUUUGCGAAGUGAAAUAUAUUAAUAGAUAGAUGCCAGCCAUUACACACAUUACAGUGGUGAUUUGUAGAAUGUCACCCAAUAUUUUACGAUACAUGUGAGUUACAUUUGAACGUUUUUUUUUUUAUCUAAUACCAUGUUACACAUCACCCCCGAGUGACAGCUGAAUGGACUCGCCCAUAAUACUGAGAAAAGAAGAGUGAUUUCUCUCGGCACUACAUCUUCACGGCUCUGGUGAUGUCUCAAGCUACACUUUUGGAGGAGGUGGUUCAGUGGACCCCGGAGACAUGUCAACAACAACUGAAAGUGGUCCUGCCCAAACUGGUCUCCAUUCAUUGUAAUACUGACAGCUGGAAUGAACACACCAAUGUUCUGCAGAUUAUUGUAGACAUGUUUCUUCCUCAUCUCCCUCCGUCAGAACUAGAGGAGGAAUGUUUCUCUAAAAUCCUUCCUAAGGUUGUGGUGACGUUUACUGGCCUUUUGGAAGAGAUUGGCAAGCAUAUUGGAGACCUGUCUAGCCAGAACAUGGAGCUACAUGCGUUCCUCAGGAAUAUUUUACAGAUGAUGGUGAAGACACUGGAAUCUCUGUCUGCUUGUGUGCGUCACGUGUACACUCUGGAUGAGGUGACCUCCCUGGACUCCAUCCGAUCUCUGCCCUCUUGUGUCCUCCACAUCUUAAAGGACACUUUCCAGCACUGCAAGGAUAGUGAAGUUGUGUACAGUGGAAGACUGUCACUCGUGGGGGAUCUUCUACAGAGCAUGUUCAGAGAAGCCUACUCCCUUCAGAAGUGCCUGAUGGAGCUGCUGGAGAAGAUCAGCCUAGAGAACAGUGCCUCUGAAGAAGAAAUCUCUAAUCUAGUUACAGUGAUUCACAGUUUGCUGGACAUCUGCUCAGUCAUAUCCAAUCUGGAUAUCGCCCUGCAUGCUAACACAUGGAAAUUCAUCAUCAAGCAAAGUGUGAAGUACCAGUCUCUGGUGGAGGAGCAUUUGAGACAUAGUGACCUCAUUACUGCUUUGUGUGAGGACCUGCUGGUUUCAGUAAGGAACUCUCUGGAGAUGGCAGAGCAGAUGCAGCAGGCAGAUCUAAAGACGGUGCAGAGCCCUGAAUACAAGGCUUUCCAAAAAUCCACAAAGAUCUGCAGGUUUUUUGCCAACACUUUGGUUCAUUACAUAAAGGAAUUUAACCCGUUUCUUUCAAAGUUCUGUAGUCAUUUUCACCGGCUGUAUCUACAAGUUCUCAGUAAAUUUCCUCCUGUUUACUCCCCGUCUGUGCCUGUUGGCCUGGCUGAAGAACUGAGCCGUGUUGUUUUGAUUCCUAUGGACGCUAUGGUGACACAGCUUUUACCCAUGAGGUCUUUUGUUGAAUGUGUUCUGACCCCAGAAAAGAGGUUGAGUCCGGAGCUCGUUCUGCCACAGUGUCUUCUGCUGGUGAACGUGUUGGUGAAGCUGUGCUCCCAGACAGACGAGACGCUGUGUCUCUGGUACGAUGGCAGUCAGUUCUCAGAGGAAACACACAGGUUGUCAAUAUUUGAGGCAGUUUUUCAGAAUUUCCGUCAGUGUCUGUUAGAGCGGACUGUUCCCGUACGGUUGCCUGGGGUGAUGGUUCAUGGCCAAGCUCAGGGCACAGUGAGCCUGUACCAGCAUGUGUGUGUACAUCUGUGUGGCUGUGUGGCAGCACUACCUGCACAACACUUCCCAAAGCUGGAGCGGUCAUUGUUAGGUGCCGUACUCCAGUCAGACACCCAGACGGCCGUAUUAGCCACUGACGUCUGGUGCUUCCUGGCACGAUACGGUACGGCUGAGUUAUGUUUGCAUCACAUUCUCCUUACAGCUCACCUGAUAAAGUCUUGCCCAUGUGAGAACUACCAGCUGACUCAUUUGGGAUCGUUGCUAAGGCGUCUUCUCUUUCUUAUGACUCCAAACCACCAGUUGGAGUUUGUUGAACGCUUCUCACCAUCGAAGGAUGAGAACUUGUGUAUAUGGAGUCCUGUUUUGCUCAAUAGUCUGUGCUCCGAUGUUCAGGCUCAUGUUGAGAGGGAUGUAUUGAGCGUUGCCCAAGCUGCUGUUGAUGCGUGGCAUGUUGCAGGCUACAGGUUGGGGAGGAUAUCCACAUUGAACAAAGCACUGAGUUGUCUAUUGGUGGUGGUUCGAGGAGACGGUCGGCAGGCCGAGUGUAUGACUGCUUCACUGGACGUUGUUCAUCAGCUGUGGAAUCGCAUGGAUGCUGCCCAGGUUCAGACCCACACCUCUCUUCAGUGUACCUUGAGGCUGCUUCUGACCAUUUCAGCAAAGUUGAUAAAAAAUAUCGAUCCCCAGGCUAUAGUUCAGGCAUUUUCCUGUCUCAUUGGACUGAAUCUGCAGAACUGCAAUGAUGACUUGGUGCUGGCUGCUCUGGACUAUUUGGCCUCCAUGGGGAAAAUAUUUGUUCCUUCUGAUAUUCAGUUUCAGGUGCUGCCUCGACUCAGCUGUCUGUUCAGCACACUCCUGAGUCACGAGUCUUGGCUGCUCCGUCAGCAUGCACUGGAAGCCUUUGCCACAUUUGCUGAGGCCACCAGUCAUGAAGAGAUCAUCUCUCAAAGUCUGACCACAGAGGAGACCAAGAACAAAGUGGUGAACUUCCUCAGUAAAGUCAUCGCACCCCAGCAGCCUGCAGGGGCCAGAACGGAGAGUCGAAGGGCCGAGGCACAUAUUAUAGAAAGACACAACGAAAGACUGGAGCGAAGAGGAAAGACGUCCGCAGAAACAUCUGUUGCAGAGCCAUGUGCCAAGCGGCCACGUCAGGAGAUGUGUAAACAAGAAGAGUGUGAGCGCUACCUCCAGGCAGCAGAAAGUGCUCUGAGGGCACUGCAGUGUACUGAAGGUACAGCCCUAUUGCCUCCACAGUGGGUCAUAUCAAGACUGCAGGCCUUACAAACACUGAUCACACAAAUGAUCAGUAACAAUCCCCAUCCACCAUGAUAAGGACUCAUCCUGUUUCUCACACACACUCCUGACCGCUUCAGUUGUAAUUAAAUAAUGACACUCGGUACUGGUGAAAGAGCACUUUUUUUUUUUUAAAGAUUUUUUAAUAUGAACUUAAUCUCUGUUUAUUAAUUUGUAUAUUAAACAUGUUUCACUAAAUGUACUUUCUACUGGUCUUUUAAAAUAAUCUCAUUCUCUUUGAC